AUGGUGGUGGUUCGAGUCCAGCAUGGACAGACAGACGCAGACGCAGGACCUGGGUAUUGUGACUCUUCGGCACCAGUUAAGGUGGUGCCAUGGAAUGGGGAAGGGUGGGGAGUUGUGGUGGAGGAAGGGCAGAUAACUCCUCGACCAUCAUCGAUAAGGAUGCCCUUCGGGCAUAACUACGUUACGAUGGCGAAGAGGACUAUGGAAGGUAUCAAGAAACUAGCCACGGCCACGAACAUAAACUAUUCUUUGUUGAUUCAACCUGCUGAUGCAAAUAGCCUGGACAGCCCUUCUGCAUAA